CCCAACAGUCAAACUUCUCUCUCUGUUAAAGCAAUUCUAACUCCUUAUGCACUUUUGCCUUCUCCUAAAAAACUUGCCCAUUUCUCCUCUUAAACUUAAAACAUGUGUGGCGGUGCUAUCAUAACAGACUUCAUACCUGGCGGAGUUCCCUGCCGAGCCCUCUCUGUUUCAGACCUCUGGCCUGACUUACCCUCUUCUUCUAAGCUCAACGGCGACAACAUUGAGUUUUUUCCCCAUCCACAUGACUACUCAAUCAAACGACCACAGAAUACCUCUUCAGGUAAUGGGCAAGCGGAAAAGAAAGCGAAGAUGCAAAGGAAGAACAUUUACAGGGGAAUAAGGCUACGGCCAAGGGGCAAAUGGGCAACUGAGAUUCGUGACCCAAGAAAAGCGGUUCGAGUCUGUUUUGGUACCUUCAACACCACUGAAAAAGCAGUCCGAGCCUACGACAGAGAAGCCCGCAAGAUUUCCGGCAAGACAGCCAAAGUCGACUUUCCAAACGAAGACGACACCAUCAUCCUCCGGCAAUAUCACCAUAAUUCAACUGCCAACCACCCUUGCUAUUUACCCCAAACUGGUGAUUUUAGGAGUAAUUUAUCUAAAACAUAUGGCUUGCGGAUUGGUUAUGAUCUGAACCAGAUUGGAGGAUAAGAGGUUGGGAUUGCUGAUCACAUUGUUUUUCCUGGUCUUAUGGCUCUUGUUCUGGUUCUGACGGUCUAUAAUUCAAUAAAGACGCAGAACGUGAAUGAUGCUCAAAUUAAGGUGGAAGAGGAGGAAAUGCGGAAAGCUUGGGAGGAAGAGAACGAAGUGCAGUAAGUAGUCAGAGGAGCUAAUUGCAUAUGAAAAAUUCAUGAAGUUCUAUCAGAUAUCUUGAUGGUCAAUCACCUAUCCCCAAUAAUAUUGUCCGGGAAGUGUUGGUGGUGAUCUUAAGAGCUUUGAUGAUGAAGCCAUUGCUACUCGUUCGAACUUAACGCCUCCAUAAACAUGCCCCGUAUUUGUUGUUUGAAUUUUUCCGCGCUUGUAUUGUAUUUAAAUUCCUCGAAAAAUGUUUAUCGGGGAUUCAUGCUUUGGAAAUUGGAAUGGUGGUGCUGGGCGCACAUGGUGUGGGUUUGGGCUUCGGUCAAAGCUUGUACAUUUCAAUGUCGUGCAACUAUUUUUCAUGAACAGUUCAUAGUUGUCACAGCGUAUGUGUUUACAGCAAAUUUUUAUUUUGUUAUUUGAUGUGACAAAGUCAAGAAAAAUUAUCGAUUUUUAGA